UUUUAUUCUUAGCUUCCAACAUGCUUCCUCAUCAUUCCCUCUCUUUCGCCCUUCUUCUCUUUCUUUCCAUCUUUGUCUUUAAUGUCACUGCAGCAAAUAAUAAGCUCCCAAAAGGUUUCAGCAUCGACCUCAUUCAUCGUGACUCCCCAUUAUCACCUUUCUACAACUCCUCGAUGACCCGCUCGGAGCGAUUUCAAAACGCUGCGUUGCGCUCCAUGUCUCGAGCUAAUCGCUUUGGCCAGUCUUCCACGGCUGAAACAAGCGAGUUAGUAGAAACUGAUAUACUCCCAAACGAUGGAAGUUAUCUCAUGAAGAUAUCUGUUGGGACUCCACCUGUAGAGAGGUUGGCACUCGCAGACACAGGAAGUGACCUUAUUUGGUUCCAGUGUUCACCUUGUCCCAAGUGCUAUCCUCAAAACGCACCCCUCUUUGAUCCAAAAAGUUCUUCCACUUAUAUGACUCUCUUAUGUGGCUCAGACCCUUGUAAAGCUUUGCCCCAAGUCAAAGUGCAAGGCCAACAGUAUCCUAAAUGUGGAACAUCAAAUGAGUGUACCUAUUUCUAUUCGUAUGGGGAUAAGUCAUACACAAUAGGAGAAUUGGGUACAGAAUUAGUUAGUUUCGGCCAAGCUACUUCAUUUCCUAAGACGGUGUUUGGGUGUGGACACAACAAUAAUGGACUAUACAACAUGAACAACACAGGACUUGUUGGGCUUGGUCAGGGUUCUUUGUCGUUAGUUUCACAAAUGGGUAACGUGGGUCGCAGAUUCUCCUAUUGUCUGCCUCCUUACAGUGCAAAAACCACAACUAAACUAAGGUUUGGGGAAGAGGCAGCCAUAUCAGGAAAUGGGGUUGUGUCCACUUCGUUGAUCACAAAACCUGGUUCCCUGUCUUCGUUUUACUUCCUCAACUUGGAAGGUAUCACUGUGGGACAGCAGACAGUGCGGACAGGUCAAAGCAAUGGGAACAUAUUUAUUGAUUCUGGGACGACAUUGACAAUGCUUCCAUCAAGCUUUUAUGAGCAGAUUGAAGCUUUGGUGAAGCAAGCGAUUGGAGCCAACCAAUUCAUAGUACAGAACAAUCAUUACAAAUUGUGUUACAGAAAUGCUAACUCCAUCCAGAAUUUCCCAAAUUUUGAGGUUCAUUUCACAGGAGCCAACCUUUCCUUAAAACCUCAGAACUUUUUCCCUCACAUAGCCAACGAUGUUAUAUGCUUUGCAAUGCUUCCUACAGAUGGCAUGCCCAUUUACGGAAAUGUGGCUCAGAUUAAUUUUGAGGUGGAGCAUGAUCUUGAUCAGAAAAAAGUUUCUUUUGCUCCUGGCGAUUGUACUAAACAGUAG